AGCACCACUCAUGUGACUUCCGAGAUGAAUCUAUUAAUAGCAGCAGUCUUAUUAAGCUGUGGGAUUUUGGUCAGUACUGGACACACAGAUAAAGAAAUUGGCACAACUGACAUAGAAUAUGUACAUCUCAUCUUUAUGAACCAUCUUGAUGUUGGCUAUGCAUUACCAUCAUCACUUGGAUAUCUGGGAAAUGUGCUCAACAGAUAUUUUACUGAGUAUUUUCCUCGAGCUGUCAAAGUGACCUUUGACCUGCUGGUACUUGGCUAUCAAGAGAGGUUUAUUUAUACAACACAUCCAUGGUUAGUUAGUCUGUACCUUGAUUGUCCACCUAACAUGGUGCUGCCAUCUGGUAUCAAACUUCAGUGCCCUGAUGCCGAGAGUAAGACAGACUUUAUAAAUGCCAUCAAACUAGGAUUUAUAACAUGGCAUGCUGGUCCAAUGAACAUGGAGUUUGAAAUGAUGGAUGAGUCAAUGAAUGAAUUUGGUAUACAGCUUAGUCUGGAUCUAGAUAAAAGGUUUGGUAUUGAUAGAAAAUACAGGACGGUCAGUCAACGAGAUGUGCCAGGUACUACACAAGCUAUUAUUCCAAUAUUAAAGAAGAUGGGUAUAUCUGCCUUGUCUAUCGGGGUCAACGGAGCAACUUGUCCAGCUGCGGUUCCCCCAGUGUUCCUGUGGAAAAAUGGGAACCAGUCAUUAAUUACCCUUUACCAUCCAAGAGGGUAUCCAAACCAGUAUGGACCAGCACCUAUGAAACCAGGUGGCCUCUCAAAAAAUGAUUGCGCAAUAGUCCCGGGUUUAAACCACGCUUUGUGUUUUGCUUUUAGAAGUGAUAAUGAUGGCCCACCCGUAGAUUACAAGGAAGUAUUGACGGUUUAUGAGAUAGUGAGAGCACAGUUUCCAAAUGCGAGAAUAAACGCUUCUAAAUUUGAGGAUUUUAUUGCCUUAGUGAUACCUCAUCAGUCCUCGUUACCAGUGUUUAGUCAGGAGAUGGGCGAUGUUUGGAUACAGGGAGCUGGUUCUGACCCGUUGAAAACUGCCUUGUUGAGAGCUCAGUAUAGAGUACGCUCCAAAUGCAUUAAAUCAAAAAAAUGUUCUCUAGAUGACCCGAGGGUGUAUAAUGCUAGUAGAUUUAUGUUGAAGUUAGCAGAGCAUACCUGGGGAUCUAACGGAGGAAUACUGGACAAUAUACACUGGACAAAUGACCAGUUCUACAAAAUGCUGACAGUUCCUAACAGUGGUUAUCAGAAUGCAUCAAAGUAUUGGGAUGAACAAAGGUAUAUGACAAAUCUAGCAAUUGAAGCACUCGGCAAUCACUCCAUGGUGGAAGAUUUAAAACAAGAGUUUUUAAAUAUAAUGCCAAAUGUCCCUGAUUUAACAGAUUUUCAUCAGGUGGAUAUUUCUUCGUCACAAAAUUGUGGAGGUUUUGAUUUAAAGUUUAAUACUCAAGGGGCACUUGUUAAACUGAUAGAUUUAAAGGGACAGAACUGGGCGGGUGCUGAUAAUCCACUAGGACAGUUUGUAUACAGGACUUAUAAUCAGACUGACUUUGAUGAAUUUUUCAACACCACCACUCCAUUCAGUAAAGAUUUUUUCCUCGGCAUUGGUAAACCAAACAUGACCAAAAAUUCUAAAGCUGAAAGUACAGUCUGGGAUACUAAAGUGACUGCUUUAUUUGCAAGCAAAGGUAUUGAUGUAGUCCUGCAGUGGUUUGGCAAAGUUCCAACACGUUUACCAGAAGGAAUGCAUUUUGUGUUUAAACCAGUGGAGAAAUCUGGGUAUAAGUGGUGGAUGAAAAAGUUUGAAGUUUUUAAAUAA